CAUGACAUUUCUGGAAAAACCCAGCUCCGCGUAUCUUUUUCAAAUCUCCAUUCUCUGCAUCUCUCAAGCCAAAACCAAAGCAGACUCAUCUCCAAAGCCAUUGCCUCAGCCAACAAUGGAGCUCUCUCUCUUUGGAGAAAUUUUUCUUCCAAGAGAUGCAAAGAUGGAGAGAUGAGGUGCAGCGGCUUUCUCAGAUCUGUGUUUGUUCUUUUUCAGUAUCUGCUCUCUCUCACAUCUGAUUUCUCUGGUGGGAGUGGGAUGGCUCCGGUGCAAACGAAGAAGAAAUCAUUUUAUUGGGUGUAAGUUUAGCAUUUCUCAAAACUAAAACCCUAACCCUGCGGAUUAAUCAUCUUUGUGUUUGUUGGGCAUCAAAUAUAUCCUCCGCACCACAGAGAUCAACAAAUGUUGAUGAUCAACGAAUUGCCUCAAGAUUUGGUGGAACAGAUUCUGGUAUGGCUUCCGGUUGUCUCUCUCUUGCGUUUAAAGUGCGUCUGCAAAUCCUGGUACGCUCUCAUUACUCACAAAAACUUCAUAACAAAACAAAUCCUGCACAACAAGAACAACAGCAACACCCACCUUCUCCUUAAAACGCUCGAUAAAAUCACCAAAGAUUAUGCUGUAUCCACGCUUUCUUAUGAAACACUCCAAGUAUCCCUUACACAGCCUCUACCUCCACCGUAUUUUGAGAUCGACAAGAAGAUUGUACCUCAACCCCACUUCAAGGUUGAGAUUUUGGUUGUGGGUUCUUGCAAUGGUGUCGUUUGUCUCCACGAUAACUGUGGAUUGAGUAUUGUUCUAUGGAACCCUGCAACUAGAGAAACAAAGGUUGUCCCCGAAUCAAACCUGUUAAGCUGCCCCGCUGGGCAUCCUGUCUACUUCAAUGGUAUUGGAUUUGGUUUUGAUGCCAAAACUAAUGACUACAAGAUAAUCAACCUUAGGCGCACUAUGCCCGACCCUACCAUAUCCCAUUCUCGAAUACAAUGCAUAUUCCAAAGUGAGGUAUAUAGCUUAAGUGCGGAUUCUUGGAGAAAAGUUGAUAGCGACCCGUGUUUUAGUGAGAGUUUUAGAGGUUCACGGACAUACAUCAAUGGGAUGGUUUCUUGGGAGGCAUAUUGUCAUGAUUGGGAGGGUGUUUUGUCAUUUGACGUGAGCGACGAGGUAUUCCUAAAAACAUGGCUGCCAGAUGAUGUUAUAGGUAAUCCUUUGAGACACAUUUUCGAGCUGAAUGAAUUGAUUGCUAUGGCAGUUACUAUCAUUGAUGAAGAAUGGUCGGAGUUUUGCUUUGAUAUAUGGUUGAUGCACGAAGUUGGUGUUAAGGAUUCGUGGACUAAGCUUUUCACUGUUGGACCGUUUACAGAAAUUGAACGACCAUUAGGAGUUUGGAAGAAUGACACCCAAACCAUGUUCUUUGAACAUUUUGAAGGACAGCCGGUCUUGUAUGACUCCUCUACCAAAGAAAUUACUAAUCUUCAAAUUGGUCAUGAAGUAACACGCUGCUUGCACUUGCAGUUGGUUACUUACAUGGAGACCCUAGUUUCUGUCAAGGGCGGAAAUGAAUUUGAAGAGCAGGGCAAUUGUUGACAAUGGCCAUCUUUUUUGUAUCUGUUCCAAGUGUGUUUCAAGCAGCAUAUAUGGGCUGAGACAAUAUUUUCUGCUUAUUGUUGUCAAUGAUGUUCUCAAAUAUUUGUACUCUUUACGUUUAACCCAUAUCUUUUGGAGCAAUAGUGAGAGAAUUUUAAAUUUAAAGAAGCAGGAGUGCAAGGGUUCUACACAUGAUCUUUCUUUA